CCUGGUCUGCGCUCGGUAUCCGCGCGAGCACAGGUCUCCCGCACGCGGGCCCCGCAGCCGCGCCUGUUCCCAUCCGAGCAUGGGGCUGCCACGGAGAGACGGGGACCCGGCGGAGCUGCGCAAGAGCCUGAAGCCGCUGCUGGAGAAGCGCCGCCGCGCGCGCAUCAACGCAAGCCUCAGGCAGCUCAAGGGGCUCAUCCUGCCGCUGCUGGGCAGGGAGAGCUCCCGCUACUCGAAGCUGGAGAAGGCGGACAUCCUGGAAAUGACCGUGCGCUUCCUGCAGGAGCUGCCGGCGUCCUCCUGCACGGCCGCGGCGCCCACGACCCCGGACAGCUACGGCGAGGGCUACCGCGCCUGCCUGGCUCGUCUGGCCCGCCUGCUGCCGGCCUGGCGCGUGCUGGAGCCCGCCGUGAGCGCCCGCCUCCUGGAGCACCUGCGGCGGAGGGCGGCCGGCACCACCCCCGACGGCGGGCGCGCUGGGGUCUCCUGCGGCCCGCCCGCGCCUUCCCCGCCGCCCGCACCUGCGCCCGCGCCGCCCGCGCCUCCCCGCGGCCCUGGCCUCGGCCUCUGGAGGCCCUGGUAG